AUGACGGUUCAUGUGUUCGGAAAUAGCCCGUCACCGUCAAUUGCCACUUAUGGUCUUCGCAAGACAGCAGCAGUUGCUGAGCCAGAAUUUGGGAAGGAUGUAACUGACUUUGUAGAGAACAAUUUCUACGUCGAUGAUGGUCUGUUAUCUCUUCCUACUGUCCCACAAGCUAUUGACCUGAUGAAGCGAACACAACAAGCUCUCCAGUCACAAGGCAACUUGCGAUUACAUAAGAUAGCCUCUAACCACAAAGACGUGCUGAACGCCUUUCCAGCAGAUGAUUUAGCUAAAGGUAUGAAGGAACUUGAAUUUGGAAAGGACUCUCUUCCGAACCAACGUAGUCUAGGACUCAACUGGAACUUGGAAUCUGAUGUAUUUUUCUUUCAAGUCGCUACGGGAGACAAACCUUACACGAAAAGAGGAGUAUUAUCUACGAUAAACAGCAUAUUCGACCCCAUUGGGUUUCUUGCUCCUGUUGUACUUGAAGGAAAGAGUCUCCUGAGACACCUGGUAUGUGGUGCGAUCGACUGGGAUGAAACGUUACCAGCAGAACAGAUGGGUGACUGGAAACGCUGGAAGGAGUCAUUAGUUCAUCUAGAGGAUAUCAAAAUACCACGUACAUACCUACCUGGUUCCCUGUCAAACUGUAAAGAGAAAUCGGUUCAUAUCUUCUGUGAUGCGUCUGAACUUGCAAUUGCCGCAGUUGGCUACCUGAAGACAACUUCUCAGAAAGAUGAAUGCAACGUCGGUUUCGUCAUGGGAAGAGCAAAACUCGCUCCACCUCAUGGACACACAAUUCCGCGACUGGAAUUGUGUGCAGCGUAUGUAUUCUGA